AUGCAGACAUCGCGCUGGGCGGCGCGAGCAGCAGAGCGCGCCCAGGUCAAAGCAGGGCGGCAGUACGCUCAGUGGGUCAGCACCUCCUGGCGCUCCUCCCCAGGCCUGGUGCACAGGCAUGUGAAAGGAGAGGGGCCCGCGCAGCUGGAGACCCUGCAGCUGGAAGAGGCGGUGGCGGACCCCAUGAAGCAGAUGCAGAUUCGGGAGGACCACUGGACGGCCGUCUGGAGGUCGCGCAGCUUCGAUGAGACGAAGUUGCAACGCUGGCUGGCGCGCACUGCCCGUCGCGCCCAGGAGGAGGAGCUCCCGCCUCUUACCCUUCCACAGGUGAAACAGACCCUUGCCAGCCUCUCCCCGAAGAAGGCGAUGGGGGCCGACGCGUUGCGGAGCUCCGACGUUGCCAGGCUUCCCGACGAGUCGGUGCAGCAGUGGGUGCACCUGCUGCAGGAGGUGGAGGCGGCGGUGCUGUGGCCGCGCGGCGACCGCACCAUCGGCCUGUUGUUGCCGCUGCUGGUGAAGUGCUGGUCGCGCACUCGCGCGACCGUCACCGACGAGUGGUCGGAGGCGUUGGAGCAGCACUGGGACACGGCCAUCAGGGGCAGCAAUGCCUUGAGGGCCGCCCUCUGCCGGUCGGUCCUCGACGAGAGGACGGUAACCAUGAGCUUCUGCGCGAUCGAGGCGCUGGUGGACCUGGAGAAGUUCUUCGACAGCAUCGACCUGAUCGCGCUGCUGGAGGUGGCGGAGCAGGAGGCUUACCCAGCCGUCGUCAUCUCGUUGGAGGCACAGGCCUACUUGGCGCCCGGGCGGCUGCGACGUCAUGGCUGGAGCUCCGGAGCUAUUUCGGCUGAGAGGUCGAUCGUCGCGGGUAGCAACCACGGCGUGAAGGUCGGCAAGCUGUUCCUGUACCCGCUGCUGCAGCGCGUCAGUGCAGGGUCCCCGGCAGUGGGCUUGCAAACGUUCGUGGAUGACACGAUUCUGAGGACGGAUGGCCUGAAGCGGGCCGCGGUGGACCAGAUGGUAGUGGCCCUGAAGCGCUUUGGAGAGUGUUGCCAGGCCGCCAAGCUCACCAGCUCUGACAAGUCCGUCAUCGUGGCCUCAGACAUGGACGCGGCCCAGCAGGUAGUGGGCGGCGCAGGCGGGCCCAGCCUCCCGCUCAAGGCAGUAGAGAAGGCCGUGGACCUGGGCGUCAGCACCACGGCGGGCAAGCGUCGGGACCAGAGCCAGUUCCACAAGCGCGCCAAGACGGUGGCCAGGCGGAUGUGCGGCAUCCACCGCAUGCGGCGUAAGGUGCGGCUCGGGGAGUACACCAAGAUGCUCCACAAGAGGGGGCACAACCGGCGCCAGGCCAGCCGUGCGAUUGCAGGCAAGGGCUUCGGCAGAUGCCUGACCACCACGCUGGCGCUGACCCUGGAUGAGGACGACCCGGGGCUGGCCCUGCCGCGCCAGCUGCUUGGCGAGUGGAUGCAGCUCUGGAGGCGCCAUCCUGAGCAUCGGCAGCGAGUGCAGCGAGCGUGGCGCCUGCUGUACCAGAAGCUGAAGGCGCUGCCGCAGGCCAGGCGAUGGGCCAGAGUGCGUGGUGCUAUCUCGGUGGUGAUUUGCACAUUGCUCACUGCUGGCUGGGACGUGCCCUCGGCUACCACCUGGCACUCCGACGUCGAGGAGACUUGGCAAAUUAGUGAGGACAUGGAAGCUGACGACACCGAGCUCCUGGACGAGUUCACGGCCAGCAUUAAGAGGGCCUGGUGGGCCAAGGCGGCUCGUCAUGAUGCUGGAGAAGGGCUCGUAGACGGCGCUGACCUGCACCAAGCGAGGAGGCACCUGGCGAGGCUCCAGCGCGACGGCGAGCACGGCACCUGGGCCUUGCAGCUGCAGGUGAUGACUGGAGCAUCCUGGACGAGGGUGCGUCAGAAGGAGGCUGACUUCGACGUGUCGGCUACGUGCCCCCUGUGCGGGCUGGCCGACGAGACCCUGCUGCAUCGAGUGUGGCAGUGUCCGUGCAAUGUGGGCCAUGAGGACUACACGAGCAUGGAGUCGCUGGCGGCCAGAGCCGUGGAGGGCGCUGCUGCGGAGCCCUGCCUCUGGUUGCGGGGCCUCCCGCCUACCGGCUGGACGCGGUACGAGUACCCAGAGGGCGCCAGCGAGUUUGAGCACGUGGCGGGCGACUGGGACACGGCCGCCGAGCAGUACGGAGGAGAGGAUGGCUUCCUCGACGUCUUCGGCGAUGGCUCGGGCGGGGAGCACAGCGACGACCCUCGUCUGCGACAGUGCGGAGUGGGCGCGGUCAUCCUGCAGGUCUCGCUGCAGGCGCCAGGCGAGCUGCGCGUGGCAGCUGGCGUUGCAGCAGGGCUCCUUGGGCCGAAGCAGACGGUGCCGAGGUCGGAGCUGCAGGCGUUCCUCAUCGCGCUGCGCCGCACGCGAGGCUGCCUGCGGUACCACACCGACCACAUGCCGCUGGUGCACGGCUGGCGGCAGCGGCGCCACGUGAGCCCGAGCGGGAAAAAUGCAGACCUGUGGUGGCAGAUUAGGCGUGCCAUUCGAGAUCGUGGCGACAGCGACAUAGAGAUACGAUUUCUGCACAGCCACCAGGAAAAGCAUCUGAUAGGUAACGAGUCGGCCCAGCAACUUUUCGUGAUUGCAGGUAAUAUGUUUGCAGAUGAGUUUGAGCAGAGCGCUGCCGCCACCGUCCUUGCCAGCGUGACAGUCAAGCCAGAG